UCUAUAAAUAAACAAAGACACAGAUGAAUAGAAGUCAAAGCAGAGAUCUGCACGUCCUUCUUUUGUGUCUUCUUCUUCUUCUUCCUCUCUACUGCUUCUCUUUUUCUUGUUUUAAAAAAGAUCAAAAAUCUGUAGACUAAGGAUGGAGAACAAACCAAGCAUACUAACCGAUAGAUACGAGGUCGGGAGAUUACUAGGCCAAGGCAACUUCGCCAAGGUCUUCUACGGAAGAAGCGUCCACACAAACGAGAGUGUAGCUAUCAAGAUGAUCGACAAGGACAAACUCAAGAAGGUCGGACACAGCGAGCAGAUCAAGAGAGAGAUCUCCGUGAUGAGCCUCGCCAAACACCCAAACGUCGUGAAUCUGCACGAGGUCAUGGCGACCAAAACAAAGAUCUACCUCGUCCUAGAGUACUGCAAAGGCGGAGAGCUUUUCAAGAAGAUGGUCAAAGGCAAACUCGCCGAGAACGUCGCUUGGAAGUACUUUCACCAGCUCAUCGACGCGGUUGACUUUUGCCACAGCCGCGGAGUGUACCACCGCGACAUCAAGCCGGAGAAUCUCUUGCUUGACGAGCACGACAACCUCAAGGUUUCUGAUUUCGGUUUAAGCGCGCUUGCCGAGAGCAAGCGCGCUGACGGUCUGCUUCACACCGCGUGCGGCUCGCACGCCUACGCUUGUCCUGAGAUUGUUAACCGUAAGGGGUAUGAUGGGACUAAAGCGGACGUAUGGUCUUGUGGGGUUGUCUUGUUUGUGCUUUUGACUGGCUACCUCCCUUUCUACGCUUCGAAUCUGAUGGAUAUGUAUAGGAAGAUCCGUAAAGCGCAGUUCAAGUGUCCUCGUGAGUUCCCUCCUGAAGCGAAGAGGCUGUUGUGUAAGAUGCUGGAUCCUAACCCUGAGAGUAGGAUCACCAUCUCGAAGAUCAAGGAGAGUUCAUGGUUCAAGAAAGGUUUACCAAUGAAGCAGAAAAGGAUUGAGAAGCAAGUCGUGGAAGCUGAAGGAGUAGGCUCCGGUUCAGGUUCAGGUUCAGGUCCAAGCGAGCCGCCUCCACAGCUUUCAAGCAUGAAUGCCUUUGAUAUCAUUGCAUUGUCUUCGGGGUUGGCACUGGGAGGACUAUUCGGAGAAGUGUACAGCAAGAAAGAGUCUAAGUUCACAUCUAGAAAGCCUGCUUCGGAGAUCAUUUGUAAGCUGGAGGAGGUGGCCAGAGGGCUGAGGAUGAAGAUAAGGAAGCAAGAAGCGGGGCUGUUCAAGAUGGAAGGAGGGAAGGAAGGAAGGAAAGGGAGGUUGUUGAUCGAUGCGGAGAUAUUUGAAGUGACGGAGACGUUUCACUUGGUUGAAGUGAAGAAAUGUAGUGGGGAUACAAUGGAGUACCAGAGGCUGGUGGAGGAGGAUCUUAGGCCUGCUCUGGCUGAUAUUGUGUGGGUUUGGCAAGGGGAGAACGAGCAUGUGUUGCGUGGUUUGCAGGAGGGACAAGAACCAUUGUAGAGAUCAACAAAUAAGUGAACCAUUUUUUUUUUUACCUUUUCUUUAACAUAGCUUGCAUUCAUUGUAGAGAUAGCUGAUUGUUGUAACCUUUUUAUAUUUUGUGUUUUUUUUUUUUUUUUUUUGCUUACGUUUGUGAGUUUUUAUUGAGGUUUGGUUGAUACAAAUAGCAGAGAAUGUGGCGGUAAAGUGUAUAAAGUUUACACAUUGUUAUGUGUUGAUAAACUUUCUGUUUCAGUUGUCAA